AUGGAUUUCGGCUGUGAGACUCCAGAUUUAUCCAGAGCAAGACUUGACGCAGAAAUAAUGAGAGAAAACUUAUUAGUGGUCAAAAACUCCUUAUUGGACCAAGCCGGACUGAUUAAAGUCUUGGAAUCGAAAGAUGCCAGAAAUAAAUUAAUUGAAUUUGAAAACCAGCAGCUUUCUAGUGAACUUAAGCGGCUUACACAGCGAGAGGACUCGAUUCCGCACGUAAUAGACUCAUUAAACACAAAAAUCGAAGAAUUGCAAUGCAAACUUAAAAGCCAAGAAUUAAUCAACGAGCAGCUUCAAACGAGGACAGAUUUUUCAAAAGAAAGAAACAGGUGGCUGUUAGAAGAAGAAAAAUACAAAAGGGCGAUUUCAAAAAAGGAAAAAGAAAACGUCGAAUUAAAAGCUGCACUUAAUGAGGCUGGGGAUCAAGUUAGAAAUAUGAAAUUACAAAUAAAGCACAGUGAAAUGCAAAAUAGUGCAAAAUUUGAAGAAAUGAAGAGGAUCAUUGAGGGAUUGAAAAGCAGCUUGGUGGUAAAAGAAAAAGAGCUGUUUACUGCGAAUUUUUCACUGGAAAAAGGUGAAAAGCAGAUUUUUGAGCUUGAGUUAGAGAAAAAUAGCCUUUUAAAAGCUCAGAGCUUGAAAGAAAGCGAGAAUAAUGAGUUAAGAAGCACUAUAAAAGAGCAAGAGCAACUAUUCAAAGACCAAAAAGAAAAAAUCAAAGAAGAUUUCGAGUGCAAAAUUAAAGACAUCAAAAACCACAUGAAUGACCAAAUUGUAACCUUAAAGGUAAGUUUUGACCAAAUUUCCAAAGAAAACUCUGACCUCAAUAAGAUACUUGACAUAUGCAAUUUUGAAAAAUGUAAGUUUGAGAAAUUAUUACCCCUAUAUUGAAUAUCACCCAUAAUAAAUAUUCAAAAAUAAUCACAAUAUUUACCUUAUCCAGCAUAGUAUUUGAUUUGCAAAACAAAAUUAAUGAAGCUAAAAACGGUUCUCACAUUUUAGAAACCCACAAAAAAGCUGCCAAUAAACCUUUAUUGGCUUUGCAAGCUCAGUCUUCUAUAACUGUAAGUUGUUUAGUUUUGAAAAAAAUAGAAGAAGCUGCCCUUCUAGCGCCAGCAGCUAGAAAUCCUUUGAAGAGCCAAAGGAAAAUUGAUGGGAUAGAAAAGCUAGUUCCAAACAGCACAGGUUUACCGCUCAAGCGGCAACGACCUCAAAGAACUAGCUUACAAAAUGAAGUAAUUUCUAAUAAAGGCCAAAGAAAUAUUAAAAACGAGGCUAAUUAUAAAAGAAAGUUUAAUGUAA